AUGCCGCCAAAGUCUGCGAAGGCUGGGCUGGAGACCAACCCUCCCGCCCGGCGGAGCAGCCGGUCUCCUGGCCGCUCCCCCGGUCCUAAGAAUCGACGCAAAGCCGCGUCGAAAGUGUCCGACUACACCUCUGAGGGCGUGCGGGACAGUGACAUUUUCAAUCUGCCCAAAUCCGACUAUAAGAUAGUGCUCCUCAUUACAGCAAUUGCAACUGUGGUACGGUUGUUCAAGAUCUAUCAGCCGAGCAGCGUUGUAUUCGAUGAAGUCCACUUUGGCGGAUUUGCGACGAAGUACAUCAAAGGGAAAUUCUUCAUGGAUGUCCAUCCACCGCUGGCAAAGUUACUGAUUACACUUGCUGGCUACCUUGGUGGGUUUCGCGGCGACUUCGACUUCAAGGAGAUUGGCAAAGACUAUAUCGAGCCUGGAGUUCCUUAUGUUGCAAUGCGGAUGUUACCGGCGAUUAUGGGUGUUUUGUCCGUCCCUACAAUGUUCUUCACCCUCAAAGGUUCUGGUUGUCGGACUGUGACGGCUGCACUUGGAGCUCUUCUUGUAACAUUCGGUAAGCCUGCGUCUCUAUCAACGUAUAAUUGCGAAUUGCCAUUGACUUAUGGUAUAGAAAACGGGUUGGCUACCCAAUCUCGUUAUAUCCUCCUUGACUCGCCGUUGGUCAUUUUCACUGCCUUGACGGCUCUUUCAUUUACAUGUUUUACAAACCAGCACGAGCAAGGACCUUCAAAGGCGUUCGGACCGUCAUGGUGGUUUUGGCUCGCUGCUACUGGCGUUUGUCUGGGCGCUACCCUCUGGGUUCUCCUAGGAGAUACGAGGACCGUUACUCUCGCAACCCUCAACUCCAAAGGAAUGAAGGAUGUCCCUGCUGAUAUUGCGUUCGGCGCUCGCAUCUCACUCCGACAUCACAACACCCAAGGCGGGUACCUACAUUCCCACAGCCACAUGUAUCCCACCGGAAGCAAGCAACAACAAAUCACCCUUUAUCCUCACAAAGAUGAAAACAAUGUCUGGAUAUUCGAAAAUCAAACGCAACCUCUCGGGCCUUAUGGUCAAGUGCAAGGCCCGAAGGCAUGGGAUAAUCUCACAACUACCUUUAUUGAAGAUGGUGCUACCCUGAAACUUUACCAUUUGACUACAGAUCGAAGACUCCACUCUCACGACCAUAGGCCCCCGGUGACCGAAGCUGACUGGCAGAACGAAGUUUCCGCUUACGGUUAUGAGGGCUUCCCUGGCGAUGCCAACGAUCUAUUCCGUGUCGAGAUUGUUAAAUCCCUGUCAAAAGGAACAGAAGCUAAAAAGCGUCUCAGAACCAUCGAAACCAAGUUUAAGCUCGUUCAUGUCAUGAGUGGUUGCGUCUUAUUCUCGCAUCCUGUAAAGCUUCCUGACUGGGGGUUUGAGCAGCAGGAAGUGACUUGCGCCAAAGGCGGCUCUCUCCCUAACAGCAUUUGGUAUGUUGAGCAUAAUGAGCACCCGAUGCUGGGAUCGGAUGUGGAAAAGGUUAACUAUAGACGUCCGGGCUUCUUUGCCAAGUUCUGGGAGCUUCAGCGGGUUAUGUGGAAGACGAACGCUGGCUUGGUGGAAUCCCACGCUUGGGACUCGCGGCCUAACUCCUGGCCACUUCUGCUACGCGGUAUCAAUUUCUGGGGCAAAAACCACCGCCAAGUUUAUCUCAUUGGGAACCCCCUUAUCUGGUGGGCAUCCACUGGUGCAAUCGUGAUCUAUGUGGCCUUCAAAGGUCUUGCGGUCCUCCGAUGGCAACGAGGCUUCGGUGAUUAUCGCAACGUCAAUUUCAAACGCUUUGAUUACGAGAUCGGCCAGACAGUCUUGGCUUGGGCUUUCCAUUAUUUCCCCUUCUACCUAAUGGCCCGUCAGCUUUUCCUGCAUCACUAUUUCCCUGCGCUAUAUUUUGCGAUUUUGGCAUUUUGCCAAAUUUUCGACUUUGCUGCCAACCGUGUCACCUUAUGCGGCUCGAAGAAGAAUGCUGUCGUUGGCAAUGUCUUCUUCGUUUUAUUCUUGGUUGCAAGUGUUGCAGUUUUCGCGAUAUUCUCCCCACUGGCUUAUGGCAACCCAUGGACCCAAGAUGCUUGCCGUAAGGUUAAGUUGUUGAGUUCAUGGGAUUUCGAUUGCAAUACAUUCUAUACAGACUUGGCCCAAUACUCAAAUGCUGUGACCCCCAGCUCAUCUCAGCCAGCGGCAUCGGUAACACCUGCAAAGGUACCUGAGCAAAAGCUAGCUCCCCCACAAGUGAAGCAACAGGAAGCACCACAAGUCAAACAAAACGAGCCGGAGGAGAAACCUAUGGAAGAAGCUGAGGUUACACUGCCUUCGGGCCAGAAAAUCCUUGGUAGGGAAGAAUCUAUCGAAUACCGUGACCAAGAUGGGAAUCUUUUGGAUGCGGAACAAGUUGCGUCGUUAGCGAAAGCCGGCAAUGUGUCGUUUAAAACCAGGUACGAGACACGCACAAGGGUGGUAGAUGCCCAGGGACGUGAAGUUCAACAGAACCUCGCGCCACCGCAUCCUGAUGUCGAGGGACAGAAUCUUGAGACCGUCGGAAAGGAAGAUCAACAGGUUCCAGGAGACAAACCUGCAUCGGUAGCCGGCGAUGAAAAGUCUGUACAACGAGAGGAUCAGAAGCCGAAGCCAGCCAGCGAGGGAAAGGAGGCGACCAGAAAUGCGGAUGAAUUGUAA